AUGGUUAUUGCAGUAAAAGAUGAUUUGAGAUGCAGAUGGAAGUAUUGUCAAAUGCAUGACAUGAUGAGAGAAGUAUGCUUAUAUAAAGCCAAAGAAGAGAACUUUCUUCAGUUUAUCAAAGUCCCUACUACUUCCACCUCCACCAUCAAUGCUCAUACUCCUACCAGAUCUCGCAGACUCGCAGUAUAUGGUGGUGGUAAUGCACUUGAUAUCAUGGGACGUAUAAACAAUCAAAACGCUAGAUCUGUUUUGGGGUUUGAACUCGACAUCAACUUUUUGAAUCAGUCCGCUCAAGGAUUCCGAAAUUUACUGUUACUUAGGGUCUUAGAUCUGAGUUUACUAUCACCUGGUUGUGGCUACAGUAGAGGAGGGAGAAUACCUUCCAGCAUUGGAAAGCUCAUUCAUUUGAGAUAUUUGAGCUUAGACAUGGGUUGGGCGACUCAUGUACCUUCUUCUUUACGGAAUCUAAAGCUUCUAAUCUAUUUGAGUAUUUUCUCCUUCGAAAGUUUUCAUCUGCCAAGUAUCAUCUUUAAAGAGAUGGUAGAGUUGAGGUUCCUGCAGCUUCCCUUUCGUAUCAAAGCUAAAACAAAGUUGGAAUUGGGUAAUCUAGUGAACCUGGAGUGCUUGAGGUGGUUCCAAUCAGAAUACGGUAGCAUCACAGACUUCCUCCGAAUGAAGAGGCUCAGGAGUCUCCAGGUAGUUCUCAAAGGCAGGUAUACUUCUUUAAAGGAACUGGUUAUCACACAUAAGAACAAGGAGUGGAAGACUAAACUCGUACCAGGUGGGGAAAGUUACCACAAAGUCCAACACAUUCCUAGUGUUCAAUUACACUAUGAAGGCCACGAAUAA